AACGGCUUUCCUGGGAAGCUGACUAGACUGAUUAAAGCAACGAUGGACGGUGUGCAAAACUGCGUAAGGGUUUCGGGUGAACUAUCUAGUUCAUUCGAAUCUCGCCGGGGACUGCGACAAGGUGAUGGACUCUCAUGCCUACUCUUCAACAUCGCUCUGGAAGGUGUGAUGCGACGAGCCGGGCUCAACAGCCGGGGAACGAUUUUCACAAAAUCCGGACAAUUUGUGUGCUUUGCGGACGACAUGGACAUUAUUGCCAGAACAUUUGGAACGGUGGCAGAGCUGUACACCCGCCUGAAACGCGAAGCAGCAAAGUACAUGCUGGUAGGCGGAACCGAAAACGACCGGAUCCGUCUGGGUAGUAAUGUUACGAUAGACGGGGAUACCUUCGAGGUGGUGGAGGAAUUCGUCUACCUCGGAUCCUUACUGACGGCUGACAACAACGUGAGCCGUGAAAUUCGGAGGCGCAUCAUCAGCGGAAGUCGGGCCUACUACGGGCUCCAGAAGAAACUGCGGUCGAAAAAGAUUCACCCACGCACCAAAUGCACCAUGUACAAAACGCUGAUAAGACCGGUAAUCCUCUACGGGCACGAGACAUGGACCAUGCUCGAGGAGGACCUGCAAGCACUCGGAGUUUUCGAGCGACGCGUGCUAAGGACGAUCUUCGGCGGUGUGCAGGAGAACGGUGUGUGGCGGAGAAGAAUGAACCACGAGCUCGCUGCACUUUACGGCGAACCCAGCAUCCAGAAGGUGGCCAAAGCCGGAAGGAUACGGUGGGCAGGGCAUGUUGCAAGAAUGCCGGACAACAACCCUGCAAAGCUGGUGUUUGCAACAGAUCCGGUUGGCACAAGAAGGCGUGGAGCGCAGAGAGCACGAUGGGCGGACCAGGUGGAGCGUGACUUGGCGAGCAUCGGGCGCGACCGAGGAUGGAGAGCGGCAGCCACGAACCGUGUAUUAUGGAGAAAUAUUGUUGAUUCAGUUUUAUCUUGAAUUUGAUGUAAUACUAAAUAAAUGAAUGAAUGAAU